UUAUCCCCUGCUACUCUAAAACCCUUGGAAGCGAUAACAUUCUCCAUUUCCAAUCCGAUAAACCUCUCUGUCAUAAACCAAAAAAUUUCAAUUUCAAUUUCAAUGUCAACUUCAAAGCUCGCACUCUACAGAACCUUAAUCUUCCGCAACCCUCGAAUUCAACCUCUCUCCACAAAACUCAACAAUCCUUUUCUCUUCUUCAAACCACCACUCCACCACCACCGCCACCAAACUUCCUUCUCCGCUUUCUCCACCUCCACCGCUGCCGCGGAAGAAGAAUCUCUAUCUUCCACCGUUCAUCCUUGGCCUGAAUGGAUCUCGUUCGUCGAUCGAUUAAGAGCUAAAGGCUAUCUCUCUAAAUCGGCUGAUGAUAACAGUGUUUACUCUGAUAUCAAUCUCUUGAAAGAUGCUUCUCUUUCCUUCGCUCGUGACCGUUACGAUGUUUUCAAAUUGCUGUCAUCAGAAGAUAUUCAAGCAGUUGUCGAGGAUGGAUGUCCUAAUUUUCUCCGUAAAGCUGUUAAUUCGGCUAAAAGGCUGAGAGCUCAUCUGCGAUUAGAUGAAGGGGAUGUUUGUAGUGCUUGCAAUCUGCGAGGCUCUUGUGAUAGAGCUUAUGUGAUUCUAAAGGAAUCUGAGGCUGAUGCUCGAACUGUGGAUAUAGUGCGGAUACUUUUGUUCUAUGCAAUAGAUCCACUUGUUCUUUCCGGAGGUGAGAAACCACCGGGCCGAGAAGUUAUCGAAUCAUCUGCGAGAAAACUUCUAUCUCAGCUGAUUGAGUUGAGCGAGUGGUCCCCUCCUCCUCCUCCUCUUCCUGCUUAUUCAAAGUCCACUUCACAGAAAGAUGUGUCAAAAGUCAAACCUCUAAGUUUUAAGGCGGCGGAAAUGUUGUCUAAAAAUGUUGAGAUGAAGAAAGGUGACUGGGUGUGUCAAAAAUGCAAUUUUAUGAACUUCUCUAGGAAUAGGAAAUGCUUAAAUUGUGAGGAAGAUGGGCCAAAGAGUGAUGACCCUCGUACUUUUGAAAUGAAGGAAGGAGACUGGAUCUGCACUGAAUGCAACUUUAUGAAUUUUUCCAGAAACAUAACGUGUCUAGAAUGCAAAACAGAGGGGCCCAAGAGGGUCAAUAGACUCGAUACAAAUGAGGUUCAAAUGAAAAAGGGAGACUGGACAUGCCCCCAGUGUGGGUUCAUGAACUUUGCUAGUAAUGUCAAGUGUUUCAAGUGUCCUGAGCCAAGGCCCAAGAAACAUCCGGGUGAUUGGAGCUGUCCUAAGUGUGAUUUCAUGAACUUUGCGAGCAAAGACAAGUGUUUUCGUUGUCAAGAGUCAAACCCAAAUCCCAAUAAAUAUCCAGGAGAGUGGCCAAACCCAAAUUCCAAGAAAUAUCCUGGUGAUUGGAGUUGUCCAAAAUGUGAUUUCUACAAUUAUGCAAGAAAUACAACUUGCUUGAAGUGCAAUGCUAAACCCAGUAAAGAACAACAAACAAAUGUGGAUGAAGGGCAUAUAUGGAGGAGACGAAACUGAUUUAAAAAAAAACCACCAGGCCUUAUUCUUGACGAGGUCAUAAUUGUGGUUUUUGGUCGUUAUUUUUUUUUUAUUAUGGAUGCAUUAUGUAUCCUGUUUUAUUUCUCAUACUUUUCAUUAACGUGGAGCCAAUAACUUCACUUUUGAAAAUAUCACUUAACCAUUGUGGUAUGUUUGUUUGAUGAUAACUUGUGAAAGGGAGAUUUUGCAGCAAAAGAAGUUGAGAGAUGGUUAUCCUA